GCCUCCUAAGGCUGUUUUACAUCUUGCUCCUUACAUAUAAAUACACCUGUCCUUCCAACAAUUUACAACUCAGUCCCAGCGUCGUCCAGAGAAGCAUUCAGAAAGCAUUCAGUAUGUCAGGAGCUGCUGCCAGAGUCGCCAAAGACAGAUCGUUAGCCGAUGGCCAAGGUACCAAUAAAAACCCGGUGAAAUAUCUCAACCAGGAUUACGAAAAGCUGAGAGCCCAGUGCCUGGCGUCAGGCGCCCUGUUCAAAGAUGAAGAGUUCCCAGCGUGCCCAUCUGCCUUGGGUUUCAACGAUCUAGGACCAAAGUCCCCCAAAUCCCAAGGAAUCGUCUGGAAGAGACCCUCGGAAAUUUGCCCCAAACCGCACUUCAUCGUCGACGGAGCGACCCGUGCUGACAUACGACAAGGAGCCCUUGGGGAUUGCUGGCUGUUGGCCGCCAUCGCUUCACUGACAUUGGAUCAAAACAUCUUAGCGCAGGUUGUCCCAGAGGAUCAAAGCUUUGAAAAGAACUAUGCAGGAAUCUUCCACUUCCAGUUCUGGCAGUAUGGAGAGUGGGUCGAUGUAGUGGUCGAUGACCGGCUCCCCACCAAAAAUGGAAACCUGGUGUUUGUGCAUUCGGCGGAGGGGGACGAGUUCUGGAGCGCCCUUCUGGAAAAGGCAUACGCCAAGCUUAAUGGAUCCUACGAAGCCCUGACUGGUGGUACAACCAUAGAAGGGUUUGAGGACUUUACUGGAGGGAUCUCGGAAUUGUAUGAAUUAACAAAAGCCCCGGCUGACUUGUAUGAUAUUAUUCAAAAAGCCCUGAAAGCAGAAUCCCUCCUUGGAUGCUCAAUUGAUAUUACCAAUGCCUAUGACACAGAAGCCAUCACAAGCCGAAAGCUGGUGAAGGGACAUGCCUACUCGGUAACCGGAGCUGAAGAGGUGCUCUACCGAGGCAAUAAAGAGAAAUUAAUAAGGGUGAGGAACCCCUGGGGAGAAGUUGAGUGGGAUGGCCCUUGGAGCGAUGAGGCUCUGGAAUGGAAUUAUGUUGAUCCCAAAGUGAAAGCAGAUCUUGACAAACAGUCAGAGGAUGGGGAAUUUUGGAUGUCCUUCACAGACUUUGUAAAAGAAUACUCUCGGCUGGAGAUCUGUAACCUGAGCCCCGACACCCUGACAAACAACGAACAGCACAAGUGGAAUAUAACCCUAUACAACGGGAGCUGGACGCGAGGGUCUACUGCCGGGGGCUGCCAGAACUACCCAGGAACAUUCUGGACAAACCCACAGUUCCGGCUUAAGUUAGAGCAACCCGAUGAUGACCAUGAUGGCGAGUCCCAUGAGCCGUGCUGCACCAUGGUUUUGGGUCUAAUGCAGAAGAAUCGCAGGAGGCAGAGAAAGAUUGGAGAAGACUUGCUCACCAUCGGCUUCGUGAUAUACGAGCUUCAGGAUCAAACUGAUGUCCACCUGGGCAAGGAUUUUUUCAAGAGGAACCGAUCUGUAGCCCGAUCUGACACCUUCGUCAACAUGCGCGAGGUGUCCAAGCGGCUGAAGUUGCCCGUUGGGGACUAUUUGAUUGUGCCGUCCACUUUUGAACCCUUUAAAAGCGGAGACUUUUGCCUGCGCGUCUUCUCGGAGAAAGAAGCUAAAUCUCUGGAAGUUGGAGAUGUUGUGAAAGCCAAUCCAUAUGAGCCUCAAAUUUCUGAGAAGGAUGUCACCGAAGACUUCAGGAACAUUUUUGAUAAAAUUGCAGGAGAGAAAGGUGAAGUUGAUGCCAAGCAGAUUCAAGUCAUUCUGAACAGACUUCUUUCCAAGAGAACUGAUUUGAAGUCGAGUGGAUUCAGUCUGGCUACGUGCAGAGAGAUGGUCGCCCUGCUGGAUAUGGAUGGAACUGGAACAUUAAGUAUUGUGGAGUUCAAAGUUCUAUGGAUGAAGAUCCAGAAAUACAUGGAAAUAUACCUGAAGGUCGACACCGAUCGAUCGGGAACCAUGAAUGCUUAUGAAAUGAGAGCAGCUUUACAAGAAGCAGGUUUUACGCUUAAUAACAAGAUCCAGGAGAGCAUCACCCAGCGCUACACAGACAGCGACAUGACUAUCAAUUUCGAUGGGUUCAUCGCAUGCAUGAUGCGGCUGGAGACGCUUUUCAAAAUGUUUCAGCUGUUGGACAAGAAUAAAAAAGGAGCCAUCGAUCUCACUUUGCCAGAGUGGCUGUGCACUACUUUGGCCUGAAUAGAAGAUGAGAACUUUUAUCAUAUGCUCAUUAUAUUAACGUAUUUAAUCUGAAUCAAGCUAUUUCUGGCAUUCUGGUGCUUAUUAAUGUUAAUGAAAUACUUAUUUCCAUAUGUAUCCUUAUAAGCGAACACUUUUCUUUUGUCUUUGAGUCGAUAAUAAAGAUUAGCUCAUUAAACACUGGAAA